AUGACAUCACGUUAUAUAUUGGUCUUUGAACUCUUUCCUGAUCGUCUUUCACUCAACCAUAAAAUUACACUCCAAACUUGUUAUCCCCACGGUCUCGCGCUCCAGCCAGCAAUGCCUCUGCGUUCAGACGCCUAUCACGUACUCAAUGGCGGUCUCAGCCAUGGACAUGGCGCUGGCCUUCAGCUUCCACGGGCAAUUCUGCCCCCGGAGAUUCGGCUGAUGGUCCUGGAAGAGCUCGAAAGAUUGGUUGAAGGGCGUAGUCGGCUCUCGAAUUUCUCCACCGUUCUGGCAGAACGGAGAGCCUUCUUCCAACCUCAAAUCUUUGAAACUUUGAGCAUCCGGCAUCCCGGACCGGACGUCACCGAAUUGGACGCGAACGUACGCGGCGACCGAACGAAGCUCGUCAAGCGGAUCUCGCUCCAUGUAACCACGGAAGAGUACAACGCCAGAAAAGACUUUGACCGACCGGAUUCCGGGGUUUUCCAGAGGGUAAACGACAAAAUGCUCCAAGAGGCACUGCACGAUCUGUUCCGUGUUCUCUCCAAAUGGGGAGACGCCAAGGAUGCACACGGUAUCUCACUGGAUAUCAGUCUUAGUUCCCGCAGCGAUGCAGAACACCAGCUCAACCACCGCAACGAUCGACCCCAUCUCAGCCGGUCUCGUAUUUAUUCGCAAGACUCCGAGAGAUGCCUUCUCGGUAGCCUCUUCGGCCCAGGCCUCGCCCGCCCGCCGCUUCCGCGGGUGCCCAUCAUCGAACGGUUGUCCAUGAGCAAUCAAAACUACGCAGCUUCUCGGCGGAGUCUCUGUCCUGAAACCUUCCCAGCUUGUGCUGCCUCGAAACGAUCAACUACUCGGCCGGACGCUCUAUCAAUGUGGAGGGGCACAUCGCCCGGAGCCAAGCGAACACGUCGUUGUUCCAAUGCGUCGAAAGCUCCGCCACGGUCAAGUCGGUACAGCUGUGGGAGUCUCGGUUGGGAAUGUAUGUGA